UUUUGCCGCGUAUAAGAAUUCAAGUGAUAAGAGUUAUUUGACUCAGUCAGUUUUGUUGGUGUAUGUGGCGUGGUUGUAAGUGUUGAGUUGCGUUUUGAAGUUAGCGGUUUAUACAAAUACAAGGUGUUCUAUAUUAAUAUUAGUUAAUUGCGACAUCGCACAAUUGGCUAAACUUAAUGAUUUGGAAGGUACCUUGGACAGUAUUUCUAAAUUUGCUGGUGAUACUUGGAUGCUGGAAACUUGAGAGGGAAGAGACAAUUAAGAAAGUUUCUCUUGUCUUGGCACACAUACACCCACUUCCAGUUUAAAGGAUCAGCCAACCUGUCAAGAUGCCAAAGGCAGUAAAUGUUCGAGUCACCACUAUGGAUGCCGAGCUGGAAUUUGCUGUCCAGCCAAAUACGACAGGCAAGCAGCUGUUUGACCAGGUGGUGAAAACAAUAGGGUUGAGGGAGAUCUGGUUUUUUGGCCUUCAGUAUACAGAUAACAAAGAGUUCCAGACAUGGUUGAAACUCAACAAGAAGGUUUUAAGUCAAGAUGUGAAAAAAGAAAAUCCUUUCCAAUUCAAGUUUCGUGCAAAGUUCUUUCCAGAAGAUGUAGGAGAAGAAAUCAUACAGGAUAUUACGUUGCGAUUGUUCUACCUUCAAGUGAAAAAUGGUAUCUUGAAUGAUGAAAUUUACUGUCCCCCUGAAACGUCUGUGUUAUUGGCUUCCUAUGCCGUGCAGGCCAAGUAUGGCAAUUACAGUUUGAGUAACUAUUCGCCAGGGAUGUUCGAAAAUGAUCGGUUACUUCCUCAGAGGGUGCUGGAUCAACACAAUCUAAGUACAGAUAUGUGGGAGGAACGUAUAACCAACUGGUGGAUGGAACACAAGGGAAUGCCCAAGGAGGAUGCCAUGAUGGAGUACCUGAAGAUAGCCCAAGACCUGGAAAUGUAUGGAGUUAAUUACUUUGAGAUCAAGAACAAAAAGGGAACAGAUCUUUGGUUGGGUGUUGAUGCUCUGGGCUUGAAUAUCUAUGAAAAAGAAGACAAGCUGACUCCAAAGAUUGGAUUUCCAUGGAGUGAAAUACGAAACAUUUCUUUUAAUGAUCGAAAAUUUGUCAUCAAACCGAUUGACAAAAAAGCUCCGGAUUUUGUUUUUUUUGCUCCUCGGCUGAGAAUAAACAAAAGAAUAUUAGCCCUCUGUAUGGGAAACCAUGAACUAUAUAUGCGUAGGCGCAAACCUGAUACAAUUGAGGUACAACAAAUGAAGGCCCAAGCACGUGAAGAAAAGCUAUCAAAACAACAAGAGAGAGAUAAAUUACGAAAGGAGAUAGAAGCUAGAGAAAUGGCAGAAAAGAAACAACAAGAAUAUGCAGAGAGGUUGAAACAAAUGCAGGAAGACAUGGAAAGGAGACAAAAGGAGCUCACUGAAGCCCAAGAAACUAUUAGGAGAUUGGAAGAACAGUUACGUCAGUUACAAGCAGCAAAAGAUGAAUUAGAAAAGAAACAGAAUGAACUUGAAGAAAUGAUGCUUAAACUUGAAGAGGAUAAAGCCAUGGAAGCAGAAGAAAAAGCAAAAUUAGAAGAAGCAAUCCGAACUAAACAAGAUGAAGUUCAUAAAAUUAAAGAGGAAGUAUCUCAAAAGGAUGAAGAGACCAGAAAACUCCAGUUAGAAGUGGAGGAAGCCCGUAAGCGUCAGGAAGAAGCUGCUGCUGCCCUUACGGCUGCUACAACAACCCCCCAGCACCACCAUGUGCAGGAGAAUGAGCAUGAGGAGAAUGAUGAUUUAACAAAUGGAGAAAUUGGUGCUGAGCUAUACCAAGAAGAAGAUGUUAAUUUGUUUCGUCCAGAGGAAGACAGAAUGACACAGGUAUCCAAGGAAAAGCAUCUGCAGGACCAGUUGAAGCAAUUGAACAAAGAAUUAUCUGCUGCCAAGGAUGACACAAAAUUGACUAGAAAUGACCUUCUGCACCAAGAAAAUGUGCGUCAGGGUAGAGACAAGUACAAAACUCUACGAGAAAUUCGGAAAGGGAAUACCAAACGAAGAGUAGAUCAGUUUGAGAACUUGUGAAAGGAUUUCUGAUAGUGGCUUGUUUUGUAUGUAGCAAUUGGCUAGAAUCUAUCUCUAGCGGUGCUGGACUUAGUGCCUCAUGUUCUACCUAACAUGUGUAUUGUUAAGUUUUUAAAUCAAAAUGAGCCAUUCCUUAUAGAAAAUUAUUGCUAUAUUAUUACAGUUUAGAAAAGAAAAAGUUGUAAGUUACAUGCUGAUCUUUGUGUGCUCAAUGUUGUGUUUAUUCUUGAUCUUUAUAAUAUCAGGAACUUUUUUACUAAGUGGAUUUUUUAUAUAUAUGAAAUAGGUAACUGUUUUGCAUUAAGGACCUGCAUGAAACCUUGUAAUAAAAUGAUACAAAUUACUGUCGCAACACUUGCCAGAUCUUAUUUAAUACAAGUUUACGCCCUUGAACUUGUUGAGAUGCCUACUGGUUUGGGCUUGGUAACUUCCUUAUUUUUCUGAGUGGUCAUUUUUGCAAAAAUGUCAAAGUUGAGUUGCUUGUAAAAAGUAUUAAAAAAAUUAUUUCAAUAAGUUUACUUGAGUAUAAAGCUUUCUUUGGAAACUUUUGUAAGUAAUUCCCUUCCAUUGAUAAUUUUUAGCAGAACCCUUAUUCCUGAAAUGUAUCCUCCUGUAAAAUUGAGAUCACCUUGCUGUACAUGCUUCUUCUGGACUGCACCUUUUAAUCCUCCUCCUGGUGUCAUUUUAAUUUCUUUAUAUUUGACUUGAAGAUAGUAGAAUUUCAGUUUCUUGUUAAUGGGAUGGGUCAUGUACCCUAGCAUGUUAAGCAUAUCAAAAAAUGGAGAGUGAAGCAUGAGAGAAAAUGUGUGAGAUUGUGGUGUUCAUAACUGGUGCUCUGGUAAGAUCAUAAUUUGAAUAUUUUUGCCUUGUGUCGCCAAAAUAUCAAUACAUAGCGAAAAGAUUUUAAAGUUUUCCGAUCGAAAAUAGAAUAUCAAAAACUCGUUCUGUGCUGUGUUUUACUUAGGUUGCAGAAUAAAUCCAAGGUUCAACAGGAAAGAUGUGUUUGAUGUAUUUCUUAAUGGUCAUAAUUUUAAUAAGAUCACAUGAUUUGAAAUACACAAAUUCAAGCUUGAUGUCCUUGAAAGUAGUUCUGAAAAUUGGAAGUUAUAAAAGCAUAUAGUUUAUACUUUUUUUUGAAAUAAUUUUAUCCUAACAAUAUUUAUGAAAAUGUUGUGUAAACUGUUACAAAGUUUGAAGAGUGCUAUGCUUUAGAGAAAAGUUAAUAAUUGAAUAUUUUUUUUUACACUUGCAAUUUUGGAAACUAAUUUUUAACAAUUCCUCCUCCCACUCAUCAUAAGUAUAUGCUAUUAAUGAAUCUCAGACUCGUCUUUUCAAUAUACACACACGUAGCUACCUAAUAAUUACACAUCUAUCAUUUAUGUGAAAAGCUGUUCAAAAAUUAUGCCAAAUUUGUCUUGUAAAGAGAUCUGUAAAAGUCUACAAAAAAUGUUGAUAAGCUAUAUAAAGUUUUUUCCAUCUGUGUUGAAUUUGAUUAUUAGUUUUGUUUCCAUUCAAACCACAGCUAAUGAAGUUGUUGAACUAUGUCGGAUUAUUUUUUUUUUAUUUGACACAUUUCUCGGAGGUGUUUUAUUAACUGCUGAUAUUCAAAUCAUCAGGUGUUACGUAAUCAUCCAAGAAUGUGUACAACGUUACAAUAAAAUGAGUGGAAUGAUAGUUUAGAUGGUGAUAUUUUCUUUCUCAAGUGGAUAUUACAGAACUAAUUUUUAUUAACAACAGCACAUUCUUGGUAUUGUAAUACAGAUGAAAAAAACAAAAGGAAUUACAUGUAUUGCUGAAUGAAUUAGUCUAUUAUGGAAGAUUUUAUAAAGUUAAAUGUUCAAUAAAAGUUCAAUAAAAUGUGAA